AUGAGUAUAGUAGCGAAAGAGACAAUUGAAGUGAUUGCACAAAGCAUAGGAAUCGCCAAUUUGUCUGAAGAUGUCGCUCUUGCCCUCGCUCCUGAUGUCGAAUUUCGGACGCGUCAAAUCAUGCAGGAAGCUAUCAAAUGUAUGCGUCAUUCCAAGAGGACUACAUUGACUAAAGAUGAUGUUGACGGUGCACUUAACCUAACAAAUGUUGAGCCAAUAUAUGGCUUUGCUUCAGGAUCUGCUUUGCAAUUCAAAAGAGCUAUUGGUCAUAGAGAUUUGUUUUAUGUUGAUGACAAGGAUAUCGAUUUUAAAGAUGUGAUUGAGGCACCUUUGCCAAAAGCACCCCUUGAUACAGCAGUUGUUUGUCACUGGCUCGCUAUUGAAGGUGUCCAGCCUGCUAUCCCAGAAAAUGCUCCAUUGGAAGUUAUUGCACCUUCUUCUGGUGGCAACAUUGACAAACAAAACGAUGGAUUUCCAGUUGACAUUAAAUUGCCGGUUAAGCAUGUAUUGUCUAGGGAGUUACAGCUGUACUUUGAUAAAAUCACAGAUCUAACAUUGAGGAGGUCUGAUUCUAUUCUCUUUAAAGAAGCAUUAGUUAGUUUGGCUACUGACUCAGGACUUCAUCCGUUGAUUCCUUAUUUCACAUACUUUAUAGCUGAUGAGAGUGCAAUCUUUGAAAUUGAGAAGGUGGUGGAUUUCUUGUCAGCUGCACCAAUUGAUGCCAUCUGUUGUCACCUGCCUCGUUGCGAAAAGACACGUUUGACAAAAACUUUGCUCAAUGCCCUUUUGGACCCAAAGCGUUCAUUGACUCAGCAUUAUGGUGCAAUACAAGGAUUGGCGGCUCUAGGGCCCAAUGUGUAUGCUCUUCUUGUGAUCCCAUAUGUUCGCCUUCUUCUACUGCCAAAUCUCAAACCAUAUCUCCAACUUCUUGAACCAGAGAUGAUUCUUGAGAAGCAAAAGAAUGAGAUGAAGAGGCAUGAAGCUUGGCAUGUUUAUGGAGCCUUGCUGUGUGCAGCUGGUCAAUGCAUAUAUGACCGCCUCAAGAUUUUCCCACCUUUGCCAUCGCAUCCAGCAUGUGCUGUAUUAAGGACUAAUGAAAAAAUUGUUACUAAAGGGCCAGAUAAAUGCAAGGCAAGCAUGGAGCAUGUGGAACAGCCACCACCAAAGAAGAUAGCAACUGACGGUCCAGCCAACAUAGUGCCAACUGAGACCUCACCAUCGCACAUGCAAGUGGAACCAAGAGCUCCAGCUCCUUCAGGCGAUUCUAAAAUGGGACCAUCAACAUCAUCUGAACAGAUGCCUAAUGAUAGCUAUGCUGGCAGCAGAAUUCAAAAAGAAAAGGGUGAUAGUCAAGCUAUAAAGACGUCAGCCAUUCUCAGUCAGGUUUGGAAGGAUGACUUGAAUUCUGGGCACCUUCUGGUAUCCCUAUUUGAGCUGUUUGGUGAAAGCAUUCUCUCCUUCAUUCCAUCUCCUGAGAUGUCAUUGUUCUUGUGA